AAGUCAAUAUGAGUGUGCUUGAAGCUAUAUCCUCCUCUGCAACAGAGGUCGAGAAAUUCAAUCGAAUAAAACUUAUUCUGAAGGCCUUAAGUCAUGAGGAAUUGGUGAACGAAGUUUGUACGUUAUCCGAAGCUGGUUUGCCUGAUUUAGAUACAGAUCUUUGGAAUUGUGCCCUCUCCCUUUGCAUUAUUGAAAACAAGUUAGAAUCCAAUGAAUUGGAUUCGGUGGGCUCUUUAUUAAGUGAUGUGGGUACAGUCAUAAACAAACAUCAAGGAUUGACUCAAGAUAUGCCUCACUUGUUCAAAAUUGUGAAAUUUAAGCAUGUUGACUUGAACUCAGACUACCAAAUCCUCUUCAAUGUGAUCAGCAAAAACUACAAGCUUGUGGAAUUGGUGAAUAAGAAGAUCGUAUUACUCACAAUCAAGGACUACAGUGGAAUUGAUAAGUCAUUCAAAGAAGAAUUGGUCUCGAAGACCAUUGACUUAUUGAUAGUGUCACCAUAUGACUUCAGAAAAGUGGAUUUAGUAAAAUUCAUUUCCUCCUAUGUCAACGAGCACGGAUUGGAUGUUAAAUUAAGUCCUUUAACUGAAGAGCUCUUCUUGAUGUUGACUACCAACAAUAUUGUGAACAUUGAAAAGUUCAGGAAGUACACUGAGCAAGCUCCUACAAAAGUGAUACAGCACCUCGAUGCAAGGCAAAUAUCUGCUAAUUUAGUGGAGAAUAGCCUUUUUGUCUUGUCGAAUUUUUACAAAUCGAUAUACUUCUCGAAGCUUAGCAAACUCCUAGGCGUAGAAGUGGACCACAUAGUUAUAUCCAAGAUGAUUGUUAACAAUAAUUUACCCUUAAACACCAAAAUCGACCAAGUCAAUGAAGUUUUGACAUUCCCAGAUUCCACUACGAAUACAUUCGUUGAGACUCUAAACAUGGUGCAGCACAUCUCGAACAAGUUGUCUAUUUGAAAACUUAUGGGGUGAAGGCAAUGUUUACUUUUAAUUUUUGAACCAUUAUCAAGAAUUUUUAAGUAUCCAUAAUGAAAGUGGAUAUAUAGAGCCUUUUCCAAGUAUUGAUCGAUUUUCUACCAUAUUUUUAUUCCCCCAAAUGAAGGAAAAUACUGAAGUCAAACUCAAGUAUUCGCCUUUUUAUAGCUAGUUUUUGCCGAAUCUAUUAAUGAAUGUUUACGACGUAUACUCUUAUAUGUGCCCAAUCUCUUCUUAAGUCAGUCGCUUGUCCUUGUCGUCAGAAUUGUGAAGUUCAACUUUUAAACCAAAGUCGGCAAAGAAGCA